AGAUUUACAAACGAGCACUUCCAGAAAUUAAGACAAGCAUCGCCUUUGUAAAAUUGACAUGGAAAAUGUACCUUAAAAGUUUGCUCUCCAAAGCUCGAGGAAUUGAUUCCAGCUCUGUUAAACUCCGGGGUGGUUCUCUAUUCAUGGAUUCAGAAAAAUCAGGAAAAAGGGAAUUUGAUGUGCGACAGACUCCUCAAGUGAAUAUUAAUCCUUUUACACCGGAUUCUGUGUUGCUUCAUUCCUCGGGACAGUGUCGUCGUAGAAAGAGAACGUAUUGGAAUGAUUCCUGUGGUGAAGACAUGGAAGCCAGUGAUUAUGAGCUUGAAGAUGAAACAAGACCUGCUAAGAGAAUUACAAUUACUGAAAGCAAUAUGAAGUCACGUUAUACAACAGAAUUUCAUGAGCUAGAGAAAAUUGGCUCUGGAGAAUUUGGUUCUGUGUUUAAGUGUGUGAAGAGGCUGGAUGGAUGCAUUUAUGCCAUUAAGCGAUCAAAAAAGCCAUUGGCCGGCUCUGUUGAUGAGCAGAAUGCUUUGAGAGAAGUAUAUGCUCAUGCGGUGCUUGGACAGCAUUCUCAUGUAGUUCGAUACUUCUCUGCUUGGGCAGAAGAUGACCAUAUGCUUAUACAGAAUGAAUAUUGUAAUGGUGGAAGUUUAGCUGAUGCUAUAAGUGAAAACUAUAGAAUCAUGAGUUACUUUAAAGAAGCAGAGCUGAAGGAUCUUCUUUUGCAAGUUGGCCGGGGCUUGAGAUAUAUUCAUUCAAUGUCUUUGGUUCACAUGGAUAUAAAACCUAGUAAUAUUUUCAUAUCUCGAACCUCAAUUCCAAAUGCUGCCUCUGAAGAAGGAGAUGAAGAUGACUGGGCAUCCAACAAAGUUAUGUUUAAAAUAGGUGAUCUUGGACAUGUAACAAGGAUCUCUAGUCCACAAGUUGAAGAGGGUGAUAGUCGUUUUCUUGCAAAUGAAGUUUUACAGGAGAAUUACACCCAUCUACCAAAAGCGGAUAUUUUUGCCCUCGCUCUCACAGUGAUAUGUGCUGCUGGUGCUGAACCUCUUCCCAGAAAUGGAGACCAAUGGCAUGAAAUCAGACAGGGUAGAUUACCUCGAAUACCACAAGUGCUUUCUCAAGAAUUUACAGAGUUGCUAAAAAUUAUGAUUCAUCCAGAUCCAGAGAGAAGACCCUCAGCAAUGGCACUUGUAAAGCAUUCAGUGUUGCUUUCUGCUUCUAGAAAAAGUGCAGAACAAUUACGAAUAGAAUUGAAUGCCGAAAAGUUCAAAAAUUCACUUUUACAGAAAGAACUGAAGAAAGCCCAGAUGGCAAAAGCUGCAGCUGAGGAAAGAGCACUGUUCACUGACCGGAUGGCCACUAGGUCCACCACCCAGAAUGACCCUCAUUUUCAAUGCAGUUGAAAGGUCUCUGGAGUAAGGAAAAAUAUCUAUGUAUCUACUAGGAAGACUUACCAGGAAAAGAUGGCAUGUUCUAUCCAAACUUCAUUAAACUAAGAGUCUAAGAAACCUCAGCCUGUCCAGCCCAUGAAGAAAAAUACCUCUAAGGAACAUUUAUCACAGCUCAUAUUGUUUAGUUUUAUGUGGUUAAUAAACAUUUUGAAAAGC